AUGGCGUGCGCUCGGCGGCAAGACAGUCAUAUCGCUAUGUAUUGUCCUAACUGCGGGAAAGAGCUGGUUGAGCUGUCACCAAACUUUUGCAGCAACUGUGGCAAGAGGAUUCAAGAAAUAUGUGUCGGAAGUACUCCACAGCCUUCAAUUGGAAAUUUGUCAGACUUGUCUGACUCUGACCCAGAGAUUGUUAUUAAAAAAUCCUCAGAGUUGGAUCUUGCUGAUACACUGAAAGAUCCAGGCACCCGUGAAUGUCUCACUGUCCAGAGCUCCUGUUACAGAAACUACACCAACCUGUUUGAACCCAUUCUGAUUGACGACGAAGACGAUGUUGAAGAUCUUACUCAUGACAAAGAGAAAGAGCUGCCUACAGAAGAGCCUGUAAAAACAAAUGUGCAGGCACAUGAAAUUAUUGCACAUCUGGCACUGGCAAUUGACCGCAAGAAGGUCAGCAGGUUCAAUAUAUGUCGGUCAGAUGUAUGGGAUGGAGCUGUUCGCGGAUUUCAACGCAGCACGUACUCUGACAGCAAUGACAUGUUCAUCAAGUUUAAUGACGAUGCUGGCUGCUUUGAAGAAGGGUUGGAUACAGGCGGCCCAAGGCGUGAAUUCCUUACACUUCUCAUGAGCCAUCUGAGAAAUCGCCCCAUCUUCGAUGGACCCCCAGAAAACCGUUAUCUUGUCUGCAAUUCAAGAGCUGCCAGGGAAGAUGAGUAUUUUUUAGCAGGAAAGAUGAUUGCUGUAUCCAUUGUACACGGGGGACCAGCACCACAUUUUCUGUCAAAGAACCUGGUCAACCACAUGAUAGGGAAUCCAAGUUUCAGCGCAACUGUAGAAGAUGUGCAAGAUGAGGAGAUAGGGAAAGUUCUGCAGCAGGUCCUGGAAGCAGAAUCAGAGGAAUCUCUGCAAAAUGUAAUUUUGCAAAACAGUACCAUGUUCCAAACUGCUGGAUGCCUCAGAAGUGUGAAGACAUGUGAGAAGCAAGCUUUUGUGGAGGAGUAUCUCAGAUGGUACAUCAUUGACAGAAACCACAGUGCCAUUCAACGAUUCAAAGAUGGAUUGGCAAGUCUUGGUUUCCUCCCUGCACUGCAGCAGCAUUCCAGUGUUCUGUCCCCAGUCUUAUGCUUCUCUGCCAAGGCCCUGACUGCUUCAGACUUGGAGACCAUGUUCAGACCAGAUCUCAGCGCAACAGGAAGCAACAGGCGUCAGAAGGAGGGAAAAACACUGGGCUUUUGGGCAGAUUAUCUCCUUGAUUCAGAAGAAAAAAUGACAGCUGUAUCUCUGGAAGAUCUGUUGAUGUUUGCUACAGGUCUGGCAGCACUUCCACCAGCAGGCAUAAUGCCACCUCCACGCCUCGAGUUUUUAAGUGAUUCACCUUUUCCAGUUGCAAACACCUGUGCAAAUACACUGAAGCUACCGCUUUUGGAAUCAUACAUUGUUUUUAAGGCAAACAUGGACUUUGGGAUCCAAAAUGCUCCAGGAUUCGGCUGUCAUUAAAUCUAAGGUCAAAUGCCAGUUACUGAUUCCUGUUCAGUCUAGUUCAGAUGCUGUUGGCAUACUACCACUGUAAGCAAGUUUUGUAACACAUUGAAGCGAAAAGCUACUUUAGUGUUUUGCUAAACAUUUUUGGUGUUUUUUGGUUCGCAGAGCUAAAUAAUUUACAGUAUAGGCAAGUUGAAACAUGCUGAACACGUUGUUACAGAGUUUUAUUCAGAAUGUGUCAAGUCUGUCUUCAGGGUUAAGACUGAAUACACAGUUCAUUUUAAAUGUUUUAAUCCACCUGUCGCUUUGUAUGUUUUGAAUAAUGUAUUACUUUUCAUUUUAGCAGAAGGAACAGGAAACAAAAGAUCAAAAAUUUGGGUUCAGGUAGUUUGUCCAAAACCUGGCUAUAUCUUUCAGCAAUAAAUACAGUUCUGUGGCUGAUUCCCAGUC